AUGUCGUCUACGGAUAUCAAGCAUGCCACAUUAGGCUCACCCGCGGACUUGGACGACGGCUCCGCUUCCUCGCUCGAUGAUGCUCGCCUACAGAAGGAUCCGCGGCAGCCGCCGUCACGGCAGCACCGGUUCCGGAACUUUCUGAUGGAAGAGCUCGACACCGAGGAUACGAUGCCACAGGUCACGCUGUACUGCUUCCUCACAGGUUAGCGCUACACACUUUUGGGGUGUUCAUGGGAGCGGCUUGUGCUUUGCAUGGGUUGUAGGUGUGAGAGGUCAUCGCCGUUGACUAGAGGCUGAUCCACGUGAUCUCCCCUCGUGUGCCCAGGUUUCAUCUCGGCCAUCUGCUUCUCCGCUACGUUCUUGUGGCCUACUUUCCAGAGUGAGUACUACCAUUGAACUGUCAAAUCAUGAACUACCCUGUACUGUCUCCGCGUACCUAAAUGCCCGGAUUCGGUCCUCCUCCUCCGCCCUUACCCUCGACCGCCGGCAACCGCGACCGAUCACUCACUGCAGCCGGAGGAUUCGUUCAACUCUCAAUCGCCGUCUCUCGUCUCUUUGCUGGACCUCAACCCCGCGACCUCCGUUUCGAAACGAGUGACAAGCAAGCCUUGACCUCGCUCCUUUCAUUCCUUUUGGGGGCCGCACUCCUCGGCCGGCUCGGAGAUCGUCUCGGAGCCAAGCGUCGGGGAUGGGUCAUGUUCGCGACUUUCGUACAAGCACUUUUGCUCGUCGCGGCGGCGGUGUGUGUACACUCUUCGGAGGAUCCGAGUGUGGCUACGUGAGUACUUACGAAGCAUGCGCAGGCUCUCGGGCUCGCCCGUCCCCUUUCUGACCGCAACGAAUCUUUCCCCUAAUGCCGCUGCGCAGUGCCCGAGAAUACCCCUCCUGGCGUUCACCCCUCGGAUACGCCGCGCUAGGCUUCGCCUCCGCCUCCCUAGGCCUGCACGCCAUUACCGCAAAACGGCUCAACACCCGAGUCGGUACCUCUGUCGUGCUCACCACGAUCUGGGUCGAACUCGUCUGUGAUCCAAAGUUGUUCGUCUUUGGGGGCGUCAAAUCGAGGGAUCAUCGAGCGAUGGCAUGUGCGUCGAUCUUUGUAGGCGGUUUGUGUGCAGGAGCGUUGGUGAGGACUAUUGGGAGUGCGGGGACGUUCGGGAUCGCGGCCGGGGUGAGGGCGAUCAGUUGUGCGAGUUGGGCGGGGGUUAGGGCGAAGGCGAGGAGUUGA